AUGUGCCACCGUCUACAGAAACGAGAUGGGGAGGCUUGUGGUCCCACUUUUGAUGGCAUUAGCGGAGGUCUAAACGGGCGAACAGGCCUGAACACGGAAGUACAGUUGGAUUCCAAGCGCAAUGAAAUUGGUCCUAAGAUCAAGUCUACCUUCUUAACCUUUCUAAGCGGUGCAAUCUCUCGGACGAUAAUAUUCCAGUCUCGUGCCCUCAACGGUAGCUUUAAGGUAGGCAUAAGUACGGGAUAA